UUUUCUAGAACUUGGCCAGAGAGCUGCAUAUGGAGCUGCAACUGUGCUGUCCUUGGAAGUGCAAGACAGGGAUCAAGAUGAAGAAGAUAGCAGCAUCCUCUUUGCAGACAUAGAGGGUUUCACAAGUCUGGCCUCCCAGUGCACUGCUCAGGAGCUGGUCAUGACGCUGAACGAGCUCUUUGCCAGAUUUGAUAAGCUAGCAGCUGAGAACCACUGUUUACGUAUCAAGAUCCUGGGUGAUUGCUAUUACUGUGUGUCUGGGUUGCCAGAAGCAAGAGCUGACCAUGCACACUGCUGUGUUGAAAUGGGAAUGGAUAUGAUAGAGGCCAUCUCACUAGUCCGGGAGGUGACAGGAGUAAAUGUCAACAUGAGGGUUGGAAUCCACAGUGGGAGAGUUCACUGCGGGGUCUUGGGCCUUAGGAAGUGGCAGUUUGAUGUGUGGUCCAACGACGUUACAUUAGCCAACCACAUGGAAGCAGGGGGCAAAGCUGGGCGCAUCCACAUAACAAAAGCAACCCUGAACUAUCUCAAUGGAGACUAUGAGGUGGAGCUGGGCUUUGGAGGGGAACGCAACGCUUAUCUGAAAGAGCACAGUAUUGAGACCUUCUUGAUUGUACGGUGCAGCCAGAAACGGAAAGAUGAGAAAGCAACAAUAGCCAAGAUGAACCGUCAGCGCGCUAAUUCCAUCAGCCAUAACCCGCCACACUGGGGUGUUGACCGGCCCUUUUAUAACCACCUUGGAGCUCACCAGGUCUCCAAGGAGAUGAAGAGAAUG